GUUCCUUGUUCCAGCGGCUCGUUGCUCUACGUGUGGUGCACCCUGAUCACCAUGGAAACGGACUCUCACAUGCAGCAGAGAGUGGUUGUAUUUAGUCCUCUGUUCAUGAUGCGUAGCCACCUUCCAGACCCUGUCAUCAUCCACACAGAGAAGAGAAGUCUGGGGCUGAGAGAGAGUCAGCUGAUCCAGGGACAGGGUCACCAGGAACAACUACUGAACACGGAGAAUGACCUGACACACCACCUCACCUUCCAGGCCAGUGAGGACGAGGAUGCGUCUCACUGUGCGGUGCCCAUCUCCACCGGUGUGAUCAAACAGAUAGUGAACAGGAACCAGGCUGCGUUGGAGGACAGCCAGGACCACAUACUGGCAGACUUCUACGGUCUGAGGAACAACAGCCAGCCUCCAUGGCCCUACGUCAGCAAGGACACAGACAGGCCUGGAUCAGAGGUCCUAGCCCAGUGGGACAGCCCCAUGCAGGUGAAGUUGUCAGCCUGGAAGCCUGGUCUCAACACUCUUCUAGUAGAGCUCAUCCCCUGGGCCCUGUUGACCAACCACUCUACAUGGGACCUCUGGCUGUUUGAAGGAGAGAACAUCGUCCUGCAGAUACCCGCUGGAAAGACCCUCGUUCCUCCUAACUUCAAGGAGGCGUUUCAGCUGGGUAUCUACUGGUCCGACACUAACACGGUCCAUAAGUCCACAGCCCUGAAGCUGGUCCAUGACCUGACGUCUCCGCGCUGGAAGGAGGGUGUCAGUCCUGAGGUCCUCACACUGGACGAGGAGGGCUAUGUGGAGGCAGAGAUCCCCCUAGGGAGGAACCCUGGUAGACAGAAGGUUUGUCAGUUCUGCGUGUCGUCUGUGGUGAGACACGGCAUCCAGAUUAUCCAGAUAGAAGACAGGACCAUCCUGGUUAACAACACCCCCUACUUCCUGUCAUAUAGAGCCCUACUGUCUGACCAGGCCCUGGGGACCACAGACCAGGCCUGUUCUCUCCCAGAUACAGCGGUGUUCAGCCUUGCCCCAGCGGGAGAGAACACACCUUCCACACCUGUCUCUGUGGCCUGCUGGGACCUGCUGAGAAAGGAGGGGGAGAUCCCUCAGUUCCCUCUACCAAGCAGACACAUGAUGUUCAGCUGCCUGCCCACCACAGACCCUGGACCUGUAGCUGGGUCUGAGUCCUGGAGCCUCCCGGCCCCCAUCAGACCUGACUUCCCCAGGCAGAGUGUGGCCGUCCCUGGGGAGAUCUGCAGUAGCAGUGGCCUGAGCACCAGGCCUGCCUCCAAUCAGGGCCCUACCCUGCAGGCCUGCCUCCAAUCAGGGCCCUACCCUGCAGGCCUGCCUCCAAUCCAGGGCCCUACCCUGCAGGCCUGCCUCCAAUCAGGGCCCAACCUGGAGCCUGCCUCCAAUCAGGGCCCAACCCUGCAGGCCUGCCUCCAAUCAGGGCCCUACCCUGCAGGCCUGCCUCCAAUCAGGGGCCCUACCCUGCAGGCCUGCCUCCAAUCAGGGCCCUACCCUGCAGGCCUACCUCCAAUCAGGGCCCUACCCUGCAGGCCUGCCCCUCCAAUCAGGGCCCUACCCUGCAGGCCUGCCUCCAAUCAGGGCCCUACCCUGCAGGCCCCUGCCUCCAAUCAGGGCCCUACCUGCAGGCCUGCCUCCAAUCAGGGCCCUACCCUGCAGGCCUGCCUCCAAUCAGGGCCCUACCCUGCAGGCCUGCCUCCAAUCAGGGCCCUACCCUGCAGGCCUGCCUCUGGGCUCCAGUGA